ACCCGCCCGGUGCCUGGCGCAGGUGCAGCCGGACGGCGCCAGCCUGCGCUACAACGACUACGCCUGGAACCAGGUGGCCAACGUGCUGUACGUGGAGUCCCCCCUGGGCGUGGGCUUCUCCUACUCCGACGACAAGCACUACGCCACCAACGACACCGAGGUGGCCCACAACAACUACCUGGCCCUGAAGGAGUUCCUGCGCCUCUUCCCCGAGUACUCCAACAACGACCUGUACCUCACGGGCGAGAGCUACGCCGGGAUCUACGUCCCCACGCUGGCGCAGUGGGUCAUGCAGGAUCCCAGCCUCAAGCUCAAGGGCCUGGCUGUGGGGAAUGGCCUCUCCUCCUAUGAGACCAACGACAACUCCCUGGUCUACUUCGCCUACUACCACGGCCUCCUGGGGACCCAGCUCUGGCAGGACCUGCAGACCUUCUGCUGCUCGCAGGGGAAAUGCAACUUCCACGACAAUCAUAACCUGAACUGCACGCUUAAGAUGACGGAAAUGAUCAAGAUCGUGGAUGAGUCCGGCCUGAACAUUUACAACCUCUAUGCCCCAUGUGCCGGUGGUGUCCCCGGAGCCUUCAGGUACGAGGGGAGCCAGCUUAUCACCCACGACCUGGGCAACUCCUUCAUCAGGCAUUCUCUGAAGUUCUCCUGGAGGCAGAACCUGCUUCAAAUGCCAGUGGCCAAGAAGGCGGUUCGGCUGGAUCCCCCUUGCACUAACACAACUGCCAUCAGCAACUUCCUGAACUCCCCCGAAGUGCGGAAGGCCCUGCACAUCGCCCCAGAGGUUCCUGAGUGGCAGCUGUGCAACUUUGAGGUGAACCGUAGCUACAAGCGCCUCUACACCACCAUGAAUGACCAAUACCUGAAGCUGCUUGGCACCGGGAAAUACCGGAUCCUGGUGUACAACGGAGACGUGGACAUGGCCUGCAACUUCUUGGGGGAUGAGUGGUUUGUGGACUCCCUGGGCCAGAAGGUGCAGGUCAACCGCAGGCCCUGGCUGUACAAAGAUGAGGGCGUGGACCAAAUCGGGGGCUUCGUGAAGGAAUUCACCAACAUUGCCUUCCUCACUGUCAAGGGCGCCGGGCACAUGGUGCCCACGGACCAGCCGCAAGCUGCCUUCACCAUGUUCAGCCGCUUCAUUCACUGCCAGCCUUACUAGCAGCCGGUGGAGCGGGGCUGCACUUCCUGCACUGAUGCCUGGUGCUCCAGCCCUGGGCCCUUCCGUGCAGUUGGCCACUCACUGAGCGAUGGCCAGAUACCAGUUCCCCCAGCGCAGGGUGCUGCGCUUGUCCCGACGGCACUGGGGCUCCUGCUUUCCUCUGGUUUCCCGGCAGGGGGCACCAGACUGUGUCAUUCCUGCCCUGUUACAGCCCCUCCCACCCCUGCAGCCAGUGCUGGGGGUCCUGACCCAGCUGCUACGGUGCCGGCAGGGGGCCGGAGCCGCCCGUCCUAGCCGGAGCAGGCGGCAGUCUCCCUGCUGGGGCUCUUUCCUCCUGCCCCAGGCGCUGGAGCCAGUCGCUUCCCCUUGGCUGGGAGCAGCGCACGGCCCUUCCUCUCCCACUCCGGCCCCUGCACGCACGUCCUGCCCGGCCCCGAGCAGCCGCAGGGGCUCCGAGCGGGCCCCCUCCCCCAGUCCAAGUUCUUGCAGCCACGUGGUGGUGGUGGCGGCUCUGAUGCCUCUUUCAGGGCCCAGGGGGGCCUUGCAAUAAACAGUCUGACCAAACUA